CGUCUUCACUGCUAGUCCAGUUUGGGCCCCUGUCUCUUUUUUCUCCACAUUCUCUCGAAAAAUCACCGGUGUUUCAUCUCCCUGUUCGUUCCCCUUCUUCCUUCUCCCAUACCCCAAGCGUGCCCUAAACCCUAGCAGAUCAGUAGCAUCUACAGAGCAUUCACCGGCCAAUCUGUGCUAGGGACGGCGGCGGAGAGUUCUUGAAGCAAGGCGGAGGAGAGUUCUCAACUCCCCAUUCCCCCGGAGUAGGUCUACCAUGUCGGCCGCCGCCGGCAAGCCGUCCCGAUCUGCCUCCGCCAUCGUUGCCUCCACGGCGAGAGGGUACCACCUCCUCAAGAUCGAUGGCUACUCCCACACCAAAGGCGUUCCCAACGGAGACAGGAUAAAGUCCCACUCUUUCACCCUUGGGGAACAUCGAUGGCACAUCGAUUACCAUCCCAACGGCUGCAAACCAGAGUACGCGGACUCCAUAUCCCUGUUCCUUGUUCUUGAUAGCAAUGUCACCACGGCGGUGAAGGCGCAACACAAAUUCAGCUUCGCGGAUGAGGUAACGGACCAAUCUCCUUCCCUGGUAUCAACAACAGUACAGAACUAUAGUUCUCACAAAGGCUGGGGAAACGCAACAUUCAUCAAGAGGGCAGACCUGGAGAAGUCAGAGCAUCUGAAGGACGAUUCUUUCACCAUCAGGUGUGAUAUCCUUGUCAUCAGCGACUACCGCGCAGAGGAUUUGCCGGAGGACAUCCAUCCAACAUUUGUCUCUGUCACCCCAUCUGACCUGCACCGGCACCUCGGCCAUCUCCUCAAGACGGAGAAGGGCGCCGACGUAGUCUUCGAGGUUGGUGGUCACACGUUCGCAGCACACCGCUGUGUGCUCGCUGCCCGGUCGCCAGUCUUCAGUGCGGAGCUCUUUGGUGGUAUGAAGGAGGGCGACACCGCAGGUGUGGUGCGCAUAGACGAAAUGGAGGCAGAGGUGUUCAAGUCGUUGCUCUGUUUUGCAUAUACCGACUCCUUACCAGAAGAUGAAGAUGAAGAUGUCAUGUGCCAACAUCUGCUUGUUGCGUCGGACAGGUAUAACAUGGAGAGGCUGAAGAGUAUUUGCGAAGAAAGGCUAUGCAAGUUCAUCAACGCCGGCACAAUAACGACCAUCCUGACAUUAGCUGAGCAGCACCACUGUGACGGCCUGAAGAAGGCGUGCUUAAGUUUUCUUGGGUCCCCGGCAAAUCUUAGAGCUUUGUUGGACAGCGACGCCUUCGAUCAUCUGAGCAGGAGCUGCCCUUCGGUUAUUAAGAAUCUGAUUGCCAUGUCGGCCCUCGUUUAGUGCUGACUUUUUCCUUCAGCAAAUAUAGCUCCAGGGUUUGAAAUGGUUUUCUUGUACUAGUAAUGGUGCUUAGCUCCCUGGUUUGGUUUCAAGACUUGUUAUCGGCUAGCUAUCCUGGAUUCUUAGCAAAGGACUAUCAGACUUCCUAUCCUAACUUUCGAAGAUGGAAAGUACUAUUAUCGCACUGUCAGUUUGUUUUUGUUUUGGUGUUCCCAACGCAUGUCUGCAUCCUUAAGUUUAUCAAGGAAGUACUUAGGCCACUUGGCUAUCGGAUAGCUGUUCAUGAAUUCUAUAGCUCUGUAAUUGGAUAGUAGCUAUCUUAGUACAAGAAGGCUUCUUUCCAAAGAACAUGGAGCAGUGCAUCUCUGAUUAGGAGCAGCCCCUCUAUCACGAGGAGUUAUUUGCCACACAUCUAUUCCGAAAUUAU